AUGAAAUGGCAAGCGCUUUACGACAGAAUUUUAUCGCUGGGAUGCGGCACCGGGCUUGAGGUUUUCUACGCGGCCCCUAAACUGGCACGCAAUGGUACAAUCAUUGGCAUUGAUGCCAGCAAAGCUAUGCUCGAUGUUGCGCGGCGCAAGUUGGAUGAGGACCCAGCUUUGAAGCCGCACGUUCAACUCUUACAGCACGACAUGUCGGAUUUGGAGACUUGCUCAGCACUGGGAAAACAGUCCUUUGAUCUGAUUUUAUGCUCCAAUGCUUUCGUUCUGCUGGAUAAAGGGGAAGAGAUAGUUGCCAAAUGGCAGAUUACCUCAAGCCCAAUGGAAGGAUGGUGA